AUGGACGACCUUGGGAAUCCUCAGCAAAUCCAUGGUAUAGAACUCGAUAACUCGCCUAAUAAAGAUGAAUCUCAAGGUAAAACGAGGGAAAUUAAGAUUGGUCAUCCCUCAGGACAUCACCAGAGAAAAGCAAUGAAUAUUGUUGAGCAGUUAUUAGAUACUGUCAGCCAAGAAUUCUUACUCAACUGUGCGAAAUUUAUUGAUCCAAGCUACUAUGAUGAUGCAAUCGAAGAACGUUUUAUAAUCCGAAAAUGUGGUUAUCCAAUUUGUGAAAAUCAGUUACAAAAUGUUACUCGUCAAAAAUAUCACAUUGAUACUGCUCGCAAUAAGGUAUACGACAUGGAAAAGAAAAGGAGGUUUUGUAGCAAUUUCUGCUGCAAAGCUUCCAAUUUCUUUGCUAAACAGUUAUCGACAGAGCCAUUAUGGGGGCGCCACGAAAUUAAGAACAAGAUAGUUUUGCUGCAGCAUUUAUCUUCUGACGAACAAUCAAGUGCCAAACUACCAGCAGAUGAUCAUGAAAUAACAUUGAUUACCAACAAUGUCGACCUUCUUAAAAUAAACGAUGAAGCUAAACCCGAUUUGGGUAGUCAUAAUUCAUAUAAAUUAUCACGCCAAUCCAAUAAUAAAAUAAAGGAAUCAACCUCCAUAAAGGAAGACUUUGAAAGAUCUAAAAUAAAGCUAACACAGACCGACAAUAAACGCGAAUUAGAUGCAACUCUGUUAAUGCAUCAUGAUUCACCGUCACCUUAUUCGUCGUCGAAGAAUAUCAGUCCGAUUGUUAGCAUCAAAGAAACUAAAUUGAAAGAAGAUUUAUUCGCAGAUGAUAUUCCCAGUGUUGAUGUCGAUCAUGCAUUCAAUCAUCAAUAUCAAUCUUUUCAUUCUAAUAGUAAAUUAAAAAAUACCUUUGACCCAUGUCGCACUCUCCCAGUUAUGCAACCUACUGUUGUUGUUCCACAAAAAACUGAUCCGUAUGCAAAAAUAAUACAUGUUUUACAGGAAUGGAGCACGACUGAAACAAAAAAUUUCUUAAUGCCCGCAGAUUUAAAUAAUCCUAAUUGUGAUCCUAAAACUGAAACCACUGUACAUAUAGCAAAGGAUUCUUGGAAAAUAGAUGAUACGCGAGAUUGUAGACCUGAAUUAUCGAAGAAUGGGAGUCAUGACAGAUCUAUCUCCAAAGAGAACCUGGCUGAACCGGAAAGACAGGAAACUGACGUCUAUCUACCUCUGCAUUCAAGUAACUAUCAGGCAUCUUUACGUCGGAAUAUUAUAUUAGAUCGUAUAAAAAAAGGGUUACGGGAACCGCUAUCUUCCCUUAAUCUCAUCUAUUGUGAUAUUCGACAAGAUAUGACUGAUCUGAUUCGUACUUUCAGGCUAUCAAGGGAUAACAUUUCAUUAAAUCAUAAACAAUGGAAGUUACUAGCCGUUAUUCUUAUAACAAUAUUGUCUUUUAAGAAUUCUAUCAUUGGUGCUCACUUGAAAUCACGACAAGAAAAUUAUAACCAAUUAUUGCGAAACUUAGACACUAAUGAAAAACAAAUUCUUCAAUUUUCUUCAAUAUUGCACCAAAGAUAA